AUGACGUCCUUCAUGAAAGAGUUUCAACAUCUUAGAAUCCGACUUGAGGAGAUAAAAAAAGCCACUAAUAAUUUUGGUAACAAAGUUAUCGGAGCUGGUGGAUUUGGGGCGGUGUAUGUAGGAGAAGUGUUUAACUCUAUGGGGCAAAGCAUCGUUGCGAUUAAGCGUCUUAAUCAUCAAUUUGGGCAAGGAGACCCUGAAUUCUUGAAAGAGAUUCAUGUUGCUUUCCCGUACUUAGGUGAUCCUGAUCUCACGUGGACACAACGUAUUAAGAUAUGCCUGGAGGCUGCAAUGGGUCUAAGUUUCCUCCACGAUCCUAGAGGGACACACCAACGAGUUCUUCAUUGUGAUAUUAAAAGUGCCAAUAUUCUUCUCGAUGAGAAUAUGAAUGCUAAAGUUGCUGACUUUGGAUUGUCAAAAAUGGGCCCCGCUAAUCAGCAGUACUUUGUUCUAGUAACCAAUGCAUUGGGUACUGCCGGGUACUGUGAUCCGCAAUUUAUGAAGACGUACACUGAUGGCACUAGAGAGAAGAAGACAGGGAGGGAGAGUUAA